UUGUAAUGUAGAAGCGUUAGCUCCAGAUCACACGUUGUUAUCAUUAGUCCGAUCACUGGCUAGAAUUUGAUUACGCUGUGGUGCAGAGGUGAUAACGCUAUCUCUGUUUAAUAGUCAUUGCUGAUCUUCAACCGGACUGAGAGCUUUUCCUGUCUGCACGCUUGUAUGAAAAAGAUUCCACUUGGUUUGAUAAAUCUACAGAUAAUACAAUGACCAGUGAGGACCUAAUCAUUCUUUGAACAAUUUCACGGAAUUUUCGUCAUCCCGUUCCAAUUGACAUCUUGGAUUGUGAACAAAAGUAGUUUGACAGAGAUGGACCGACAUGAGGUUGUAUGGUUGUCCGGGGAACGGGACAGUGCCUGGCGGUUCUAGGUUACCCGUGUGCUCGGUGCCCCGUCCACGCCUGGCGACCGUCACAUGACCCAGCGGUAGAUAGUUGGUGGCACACGUCAGUUGGUCGCCUGGGCGGAAAGACGGGCGGUGGUCCAGCAACUUACCACAAAGGUCAAAGUUCGCAAGCGGGGGUUGGAUGAAAGUCCGAGGUUCAGCAGCGUGGGGUUUCAAUGCUUUGUUCCUCACCCAGUUUUUAUUUUCACCUGGCGAAAGGUGUGGCCAGGUUGCUCCGGUGAGACCGCUUUGUCAUCUGAAGCCCUGUCGUCAUCCGUUGUGACGUCAGCGCCUGGGUUCGCGGGUCUCGCCAGCCCAAACAAGAUGGCGUCGGACGUUAGGAACGUUCCUACGCGCGUACUACAAUGUGGGAUAGAGGGCGAUCUGCCGGAGAAGCAAGAUCUCAGCAUUGCUAUACUAGGAGCAAGAGUUCACGAAGAAGGCAACCGAAACGCGGACUUUAAUAAGUCCGAAGAAUUAUUUUUCGGUUCCACUGGAGAGCUGAGCUCAUGCCUUAGCGGCAAAAUGACUCCUGUUACCGCCGACGAGGGGGACCGUGGAGCACCGAAGGGUCACGUUUCCCCGCGAAGAAGCCCGAGGAACAGCCGGAGCAAGUCCGACAGAGUGGCGAAAAUGUCCGAGGUCGCAUCAAAUGGCGGGAAUAGAAACACUACUGUCAAACGAUCAAUGGAAAACGUUGCAGGUUUGUGCAAUGGUCAUCGGGAUGAGCAGCCGAGUCGGGAAUUGAUGGAGAACGCUAAGAUCGGUUUGUCGCCCAAAACAAAAAGCGACCUGAAAUUGAACGGUACGAGUCCACCAUGUGCAAAUCAGUGUAUGUCGCUCAUUAAGAGUUCUCCCGCGGAAAUUUUCGUCAGUUCCUCCUGUGGGAAGAAGUGUCAUGUGGAAGACAGUCGUCAUGGCAAUCGAACGCCGUGUUCUAACGGGAUCGCGUCGUCCGUUGUGCGCGCCAUCUGCUUCGAGGAGACGGACGUCAGAACAGAGGAAUGUCCGGAGAGAGAAGGCAUGGCCUUGGUGACGUCCUCGGAUGACGUUUCCACGGAAAAGUCAAAUUUAGAGGAGAAUCCUCAAGUGGAAAAGACCAACAUUCCAGACCCGGACUGUCGGGAAGGUGAAGCAAAUACCUCCGAUGUUUCCCACGAAACUAAGAUUCAACAAGGCAGCAACAGAAAUAAAGGGAAGAAGAGGUCGUCUGGGGACGUCGUGUCAGUAGUUCCCAGAAAGAGAAGAAUGGCGAGUAUCACAGCCGAACUUAAGGUAAACCUCAUGUACGAGAAGGACGAUUGGAAACCACCAAAGAAACCGAGAAAAGGAAAAAACCUUUCGUCGUCCAGCAGUGAUGGGGAAGUCUUUACGACUUCACCCACCGACUCUUCCAAACUGGACAUGUUUGGAAAUGGACAAGUGAACGGAGGAUUUCCCACCGACCCGGACCAACCGCUGGAUUUGUCGAUGAAAAAACGACCAAUCGCAGUAGCUAAGAAGGUCAAGUCCAACACAAAAGUGCCCGGGGCCACGGAGAAGAAGCAGAAAUCUCGCAGCAAGUCGUUUCCACCCCAGAAGGGCAGCGGCAAUGACAAGGUGUGUGGGCACACCAAGCGCAUGGCCGCGCUAAACGCCCAGGCGAUAAUGACUGCUUACAAAACGGCAGACGACGCAUCACAGACCAAAAAGAACCAGCGAGGAAAGUCUAAGAGCGGAGGAGGACCGGCCAAAAACGGGUACAAGAGGCACCAGCAUGCCACCAACUUCAGACUUCUCUGCGGAGGAUUCAACAGGAAUCGUACGUCACUGCUUGCGUCAUCAGGACUUCCGUCCAUGCACGCACGGCCCCCUGGGAUCGUUAGCCCCGUACCCAGCCACCCCCAGACGCUCAUGUUGACGGGGCUUGCUAACCUCAGCGCCUCGCAGAUUCUCCCCAACGGCGGCAUCAGCCCCACGACGACCGAUAGUGCCUUCAGUAAAUUCACUUCUGCCAGGCUGCAUAAUGGUGUAUGGUACCAGACGGCGGGGCCUUUCCACCAGCCUCUUCCCUCGGUGUUGUCGGCCCAGGUAGGCCCUUCCCCCGACAGAAAGUCUCACCCUUCUCCCGCCCUGGACACCGUGAAGGCGCACAACUACAAGUUCGCCACCAGGACCAAACGGAAGAAGUCCACCAACGGAUGGAAGUGGCAGGGAGAGCCGUACGAAAAGAUGGUGUUUUCGGCGGUGCAGGGGAAGCCCGUACGGCGGGUGUGUUACCGGGGGAUGUGCCGGGAGGAGGACCUGAUACAGGAGAGGGACACGGUCCUGCUCAAGUCGGGGCCGCGCAAGAAGGACCUGCCGUUCGUUGCCAAGGUUACGGCGCUGUGGGAGGAUCAGGACGGUGAGAUGAUGAUGAGUCUACUGUGGUACUACAGACCGGAGCACAUCGAGGGCGGAAAGCGGCCUCAGCAUGGAGAGUGUGAACUGUUUGCGGCUCGUCAUCCAGACGAGAACAGUGUGGCUUGUAUCGAGGACAAGUGUUAUGUGCUCACCUACUCCGAGUUCUGCAGAUUCCGACGGCAGUUGAAAGUGCGAGGGGCAGACCGAAGCAGCUUGAGCUCACUCGUGCCGCUGGAGGAGGUGGACUUCUCGGCCUUCCUCCCUCCUCAUCGCCGUCUCCCCGACAACGUGGACCCCGAGAGUGUCUACUUCUGCCGGCGAGUCUACGACUUCCGUCACGGCCGCAUGCUCAAGAACCCCAUCUAGUGAGGUAAUUGUGAACUGCACCUAUCCGUGCCGUGCUACUACAGCCUUCCACAGCGUCGUCAAGCUUGUUCAUCCGUGAAGAAAUAAGGAAGUAGUACCUAGUGUUGAUCAACAGUUUCCCUCUUAGACAGUGUUUGAGUUGUGAAAGAUUCAUCAUCAGGAGAGAUUCGUUUAACGUGAUGUACUUAUUUUUAAACACCAGACUUGGAGGUACUUUCUGUCACCAUAUGGUCACUCCACUUCUCUAACUUUCCGGAUCCGAGACACAGACCAGAAGAUAUGGACGGACUAUAGGACAAGCAGUUUUCUGUAUAAGCUACUAGGAUGUGUUUGUACAAAACUGAAGCUGUCGUCGACUAUCCCAUGUGUGUGUGCAUGUAUCAUGAACAUACAUGUCUAGUAUAAUUAGGAGAAUUCAAAAGAAAUUUUCACGAUAUUUAUUUUCUUGAUAGCCAGAAGAGGACCAAUGCAAACAUUUUUCGCUUGCUUCGUUGUUUAUCGGGUGUGCGCUUUAGUAGCAUACAGAACAUGGUGUUAGGCAGUGUUACAGUGUUUGUUUUGUUCGGUUAACUAUCUGAAGUUGUCGUUGCCUAAUGGAUAUAAAGCGUGCUACUGUGUUUUAUGAAGAAAAGCUAUAAAUGUGUUUGGUAUAGUUGUGACAUAUGAUAUGGUCAUCAACACAAAAGUCGUAGCAGGUAAUAGUGUCACACGGUUUACGAAAAUGUUAAUUCAAACAUGGAAGAUGAUAUGACAAAAAUUGUUUCAAACUUCAAACUAGCUGUACUCAGAAUAAGAGCUUACAUGUUGAACUAAUGUUGACAUGCGGUUUGAAAAGGACGCCUGUGUCCAGGAAGUGAGAACGCUUCGUUGUUGUGGAGAUUACGUAAUGCUAGCUAUGGGCACGCACCUGUACAGUUGUGUAUAGAGAGUCGGGCGAGAAUACAGAAAUCUGCGAUAGUAUUUUGCUUAGAGAAUCGCCGGAUCACC